ACGAAGCUGAAACAUCAAUAAACUUCGUCGCUUCCAAAAAAAAGGGGAGUAGUUACGGACGGGCGUCAUGGCGGACCCGGCGGCGCAGGCCUCCCCACAGCCCCGGCUUCAGCAGAACCAGGCCAGCAUGACGGCUGGUUCGAACGCCAGCUCGGGCUCCGGCUCUGGAUCCGGGUCCGGCAACAGCGAUCCGGCCAGGCCGGGUCUGAGCCAACAGCAGCGCGCCAGCCAGAAGAAAGCGCAGGUCCGUGCUUUUCCGCGGGCCAAGAAGCUGGAGAAGCUGGGAGUGUUUUCUGCUUGCAAGGCCAAUGAUACUUGUAAGUGUAAUGGUUGGAAGAACCCUCAUCCGCCGACUGCCACCCGGCUGGAUCUGCAGCAGCAGGCAGCCAGCCUGAGCGAGCCCUGCCGGAGCUGCGGACAUGCCCUGGCGGAACACGUGUCACACCUGGAGAACGUGUCGGAGGAGGAGAUCAACCGGCUUCUGGGGAUGGUGGUGGAUGUGGAGAACCUGUUUAUGUCUGUCCACAAGGAGGAAGACACUGACACCAAACAGGUGUACUUCUACCUCUUCAAGUUACUCAGGAAGUGCAUCCUGCAGAUGAGUAAGCCCGUAGUGGAAGGCUCCCUGGGCAGCCCACCCUUUGAGAAGCCCAACAUCGAGCAGGGAGUGCUGAACUUCGUUCAGUACAAGUUCAGCCACCUGGCGCCCAAAGAGAGGCAGACGAUGGUCGAGCUAUCCAAGAUGUUCCUGCUGUGCCUUAACUACUGGAAGCUGGAGACGCCGUCGCAGUUCCGCCAGCGCUCCCAGAAAGAUGACAGCACGGCCUAUAAAGUGAACUACACCAGGUGGCUGUGUUACUGCCACAUCCCGCAGUGCAACGACAGCCUGCCGCGCUGCGAGACCACGCAGGUGUUCGGCCGCAGCCUUCUCAAGUCCAUCUUCACCGUCACGCGGCGCCAGCUGCUGGAGAAGUUCCGCACCGAGAAGGACAAGCUGCUGCCCGAGAAGCGAACCCUCAUCCUCACACAUUUCCCCAAGUUUCUCUCCAUGCUGGAGGAGGAAAUCUAUGGGGAGAAUUCGCCCAUCUGGGACGCAGACUUCACCAUGCCCGCCUCAGAAGGGGGGCAGAUUGGGCACCAGACGGCAGUCAUCAGCCCCGCAUCCGUAUCUGGUACCCCGUCCUUCACCAAAAACAGCAGCAGCACCUGUUCUCUGGGCAGUGCCAGCCUGGAUACUGGUGUCUCGGAGCCCAUGCCAGGUGAGAAGAGGAGGCUUCCAGAGGCACUGACUCUAGAAGAUGCCAAGAGAAUCCGCGUGAUGGGAGAUAUCCCCAUGGAGCUGGUGAACGAGGUCAUGAUGACCAUCACCGACCCUGCUGCCAUGCUGGGGCCAGAGACUAGCCUGCUGUCGGCAAACGCGGCGCGGGACGAGACGGCCCGGCUGGAGGAGAGGCGCGGCAUCAUCGAGUUCCACGUCAUUGGCAACUCGCUCUCCCAGAAAUCCAAUAAGAGGAUCCUGAUGUGGCUGGUGGGCCUGCAGAAUGUCUUCUCCCACCAGCUUCCCCGCAUGCCUAAGGAGUACAUCACCAGGCUGGUGUUUGACCCGAAGCACAAGACGCUGGCCCUCAUCAAGGAUGGACGCGUUAUCGGGGGGAUCUGCUUUAGGAUGUUCCCCACCCAAGGUUUCACUGAAAUAGUCUUCUGUGCAGUUACAUCUAAUGAGCAGGUCAAGGGUUACGGCACCCACCUGAUGAACCAUCUGAAGGAGUAUCACAUCAAGCACGGCAUACUGUACUUCCUCACGUACGCCGACGAAUACGCCAUUGGCUACUUCAAGAAGCAAGGCUUUUCCAAAGAUAUUAAGGUGCCAAAGAGCCGCUACCUGGGCUAUAUUAAGGAUUACGAGGGGGCUACUCUGAUGGAGUGCGAGCUCAAUCCCAGAAUCCCCUACACAGAACUCUCUCACAUCAUCAAGAGACAGAAGGAGAUUAUAAAGAAGCUCAUUGAAAGGAAGCAGAGUCAGAUCAGGAAGGUCUACCCGGGCCUGACGUGCUUCAAGGAGGGCGUGCGGCAGAUCCCGGUGGAGAGCAUCCCUGGAAUCCGUGAAGCUGGAUGGAAGCCCGGCGGGAGGGAUAAGUGUAGCAAGGAGUUGAAAGACCCUGAUCUCUUAUAUAAUAUUCUGAAAAACCUUCUGGCACAGAUUAAGACUCACCCAGACGCCUGGCCCUUCAUGGAGCCGGUGAAGAAAGCCGAAGCUCCAGAUUACUACGAAAUCAUCCGCUUUCCCAUCGAUUUGAAGACCAUGACAGAACGCUUGAAGAAUCGUUACUACGUGACGAAAAAGUUGUUCAUCGCCGACCUGCAGCGCGUUAUCACCAACUGCCGGGAGUAUAAUCCCCCCGAUAGCGAGUACUGCAAGUGUGCCAACACACUGGAGAAGUUCUUCUACUUCAAGCUAAAGGAGAGCGGCUUGAUUGACAAAUGAGGAUGAGGUACCACCUUCAAAGGCAAUGCCGUGUGGGAGGGGUUGGCGGGGUCCAAGGGAACGCCACAGAUGAAGCUUAUGAACUGUGGAACAAAGAAUGGAAUGUGAAGCGUAACUGUGGCAGUAUGGAUUGAGUGUUUCCUGCACAGGCGCUUUCAGCUCUGGUUUGCAGAGCCUCUCAUUCGGUUCUGCUUUGUUCUGGCUAAGCUCUUAAUUAGCAAGCACUGAGCUGUUUGAAAUAAUUGCCAGGUUCGACUCAUGUUAUGAGUGAAUGUGUUUAAAGGGUUUGCUAUAUUUUUUUGUCAUUUGUGAAAGUGUUAAUUUAUUGUUGUUGAAUCAUUUAGUGAUCUUUUAUGUAAAUGUUGUAAUCAAGUAAUUGAAUUAAAUGCACCUCCGUUUAAACAAAAAAUCCUGGCAAGUAUUGUUACUUUUGGAUGUAUUGCUCCAAUAAGACACAUUGGGUUUUCCACGAUACUUAUUUGGUGGACAUUUCUCAUUUAAUUCAUGCAGUUUGUUCAAUCAACAACUCAAAUGCUCAGCUGAGACUAAAGUAAAAUUACAGUUAAGUCGACAGCCAGCCAGGACCAGAGUUGAAAGCUCCUCCAGAUUUAUGUUAUACCCAGCACCAAGUUACUAUGUUUUAAAAUAAGGUGAAGACGGUGGAAACCUUUUGGUUCUGUGAUGUUCCCAUUAUGGAUUAUCGCAUGAAGCUGUUUUGUGUACAACCAACAAACAUUUAUCCAAGGCUCUGCAAACACAAUAUUGAUCAGUUAUAAGUGCAGAAGUGAUGUGUUUAAAAAAAAUAGUCAAAGCCACUGGGCUCAGUCACAAACUAAUACAGUUAAUCAAUGUAAUACUAAGCUAAGUGGCAUUAUGAUGUGUUGGUUACAUAGUACAUGUUCAGUGGCAAGUUUAAACCUCUGGUGUGCCUCUUGAGGGUCCUGUUUUUGGUUUCAAAUAAGUACCACUGGGAGGGUCUGGUUUGGGCCUGACUCGCUCUUGAGCCCUCAUGCCACUGGCUGCCCCUCUCGAACACCGCAGUGCAGUCACCCUGUGCAGUGGGGUCCGUAUUACGAGCACUGAUAAUGACACGGUUUUGCAUUCCCUGUACUGUAAGCUACAAGUGUCACGAAGGCUACACUCCACGUUAUUUGUUGCUCAUUUGUCUCCCUUGCUUGUUUUAACAAAAAUAAUUGUUGUAUAUUACAUGAAGGGCAUUAUGUUUUUUUUUUCCGUGUGUGAUGUUUUUAUGCUUGUCUUUUCGCCUUUUGUGCCUGAGAGUCUUGUUCAUACUAACAAUAAUGGGAGUCAAAAUCUACAGGGACUCAUAUCCAGGUCCUUCACGUCAUUCAAAGCCAAAUUUCCAGUUUAUCCAUGUAAGGCUGCAAUGUCAAGCAUUCGGUUUUUGGUCACUUGUUAAACUUAACUCCCCUCUUUCACUGUACGUGCAAAUAAAGUGCUUUUAUAUGGUAUUCUUCAUUUUUGUUGCUAUAAGAAAUCUGCAGUGGGGCAGAUUUUACAUUGAUUUUCAUGGAAAAGUGAAGUGAUUGUGAAAUCGGCGUGUUGUGUUUCCUCACUCUGCUUUGCUCUGCUCGCAAGCAAAUGUAUCAGUAGAGAGAUGCAUACAUGGUUUAUGCUGAAAUGCAAUUGAUGACUCCAAGGAACUACUAUGUAUCAGGACCUGGGGGGGUGAUCCACAAAGCAGGAUUUCUUAAUUAGCUGGGUUAACUUAAGCUGAAAGUCAAGAUUGUCCAAUAAGAGUUUAAAUAAGGAGCAUUCCUAUUGGACAAUCAUGACUUCUAGCUGAAGCUACCUCGGAUAACUGAGAAAUCUUGCUUUUGCGGAACACCUCCCUCCCACCCCCCUGUUUUAAAUAGGCUUCAUCAAGUUCUUAAGUGUUUUGCAGCCAGUUUCAAGCAGAAGGCCCAUUAACAGGUACUUGCACCCAAAACAACAUAUCAAGUAAUUUAAUCUUAUGCACCACAAAUGGGGGGAUUUUUAGUGCUAAUCCUUUUUUUUUUUUUUAUCCCAUGGGUCCUUGGUCUAGCACAGUGUUUGCCAACCCAGUCCAUGAUUCCCACACAGCUCAUGUUUUUGCUCCCUACUAAUAUAAAUGUGUGAUCACUUAAGUAACUGAAACGAAGGACUGGUGGGGUCCUCCUUCAGAAUUUUUCACAUUUAGUCAGUCCCUAGUCUAGGAGAAGAAUAUGAAGGAUACACACCUCCUUCUGCCUGUACUUUCUUUCAUUUUUUUACCCCUCACUUUUAGUCUGAGUGCUACUUUUCAAAACCUAAAUAUUCUGAGGAAAUUUCCCCCACAUGCACUUGCAAAACUGAAGUACAGAAUAAGGUAAAUCACUGCUUUUCCAGUAAGCACCCCUUCACAGAUUUACAAACAAUAGCCAGUGCUGCCUUGCAAAAUUCAAACACGUAGUAAGUGUUUUGUUGGCUGGAAAAUUAUAUAGGAAAACGUUUUAUUGUUGAUGAUCUGGCUGUCAUAAAAGCUGGUGGUCAAUUUACUGCUAUGGAAAUUUUCCUCCACUGUGGUGAUUUUCCCCCCUGUAUCCUAGUGUCAGACCUUAUGGAUUGUAAAAGUUUUGUUUUUUAGAUGAUGUGGGUUUAUUUUGCUUUUUUUUAAGUGUAUUUUAUAUGAUGAUUUUCUUCUAUUAUCAGAUGACAUGGAACAAUUAAAAAUUGCAAUAAUACUUGUUACAUCAUUUA